AUGAGCUCGGAAAAGGAAGACGCCGAAGCAGCUCCCGUGGUGACGGAUGACGGUGAAGAGGAUUCCAAGCCCCAAGCCACAAAGGACGGUGAAGAAAAGGAGGACGCCAAGGAGGAAGAAGAACAACCCAAAAAACCGAAGAUUGACCCCAAAGAUUGGCCCCUGAAGGAUAUCAAAGAGCCCAGUGACAAUGAUGUUCUUUUUGGUCGGGGAGGAGGAACCAAUCAUGCCAAAGGCAACAAACGCUAUCGCAAAAUGGUGGAGGACCGAAAACUCGAAUACGUCAACAGCAAGCGAUUGGACAAGCCGCUGGUGGCGCUGGAGAUUAUUCGCUUGUGGCGGGCUCAGGAUCCACCGGGGCGAUUUCUGAAAUUGGAUAGUAAUGGAACUUGGGCUGAUGUGGGAGACAAAAAAGCUCGAGAAAAGACCAGUCAAGCGUUGCGAGAAAAGGCCCCUCUGAUUCGAAAGCAACAAGAAGAAGAACGUAUGCAACAAGAUGGCGACGACAACAGUGACGGUGAAAAAGAUCAAUCCACAAAAAACACGCGAUUCGCCGAAGGGACAAACACCGAAUCCAAGAAGGGAUCCGUGAAAAAAGCCGUAUUGGCACGGGACCACAGUCUAGGGAGGGAGUACUUGCAAGCUGGAGAGACCAUGAACUUGGAGGGAUUUUCAUGGAGAGACCCUUUGGGUAAAGGCAAGAAAGGGCCGCCACCACCUGGAGGAAUGCCACCUCCUAGCCACGGAGGAAUGGCACCUCCCAGCCACGGAGGAAUGCCUCCGCCUAGUCAUGGGGGAAUGCCACCACCACCGCCUCCGGGACAAUUCCCUAUUCAACAAACAUUCAGCAACAGCAGUCUUGGAAGUUUUGGAAUGCCGCCGCCGUCGGAAUAUGGUCGUGUGCCCAGUUUCGGUCCACCGCCUCCCAUUGGGGGAACCUUCCAUCGAGUACCCACCGACGAAUACAGUCGACAAGGCUUUUCAAAUCCUCCCGUCAUGCCCGGGUAUCAAGGUUACGGGCCAUCCGCUCGAUCUGGAAGUUGGACACACAAUCAGGCACACGCCAUGCCACCACUGCGAGAACACAGUCUGUCGCAACAUCCACUGCGAAAUGCUUCGGCAACUCACGCGGCGCCAUUAAAUGCAUUUGACGACCGACCGAGCUCGGGAUAUUGGGGUGGACCUCCACCACCUCCUGGUCAUCAACCCUUUAGUGGCCCUUAUCGCGAUGGCAGUGGUGGGCCUCCUCCGCCGCCACCAGGACAACAACCAUACGGAGGUCCCUACCGCGAAGGCAGCGGUUCGUACCCACCACCUCCUGGACGCGGCAUGAUGCAACCGCCUCCACCGGUGACGACACACCAUCCGCCUCCCUACGCAGUUGACCCAGCCAUUGCCAAAACUUGGUCAGGACAAUCGGACGAAGAUAUCUCGAGAAUGUAUCCAGGAGGACACCGACCGCCGCCAUCUCAAAAACCUGACCAUUUUGAUCGCCCAGCCGACUUUGACGACCAAAUGGCCAAACCGCAAAUUAUCAAGCGAAUGACAUCCAAUCAGAAUGAGACAUUUGAAACCAAACCAGAUCUCGUGGGACCAUCGGUAAAACGAGCCGCACUCAACCGAGACCAAUCUGCUGCUGCGAAUCGACUAAAGGCUGCCAGUCUUCCCGACUACUACAACAAGGAUGGCAGGUUGUUUGACCCUGUCAAGGAAAUGAACAAUCUUGCAGACAAUAUGGAACAGAGCACUUUGAGGGGCGGAGAUGGUGCGCCUCCGGAAAAGAAACCGCUCGACGCCGAUGAACGAAACACCACGUUGGACACUGUGGCCAUGGAAUUAAUGACAAGGCCCGACGUUAUUACUGACAAUAGCAGAGCCAGCACGGCGGAAGUUUUGGCACUGGACGGUCUCGAAAAUGACCCUGCUAUCAAUGUUGACAAUGAAAGUGCUCCGGCGCCCCCAAGACCCUCGGCCAUGAACGCCAACAACCGAAUGACUACCAUGGAGGCUUGCUUCGCAGAGCUAGACGCUGUCACUGCGAAGCCAAUGGCGUUGACUGGAACGGAUCGGGUAUCAACUAGUGACUACCUUGACCUGGGCGACGGACCCCUCACAGAAUUCGACUUUGACGGAAUGAGUGGAAAAGCUGUCUAG